AUGGCCGACAACCUCCUCCACAAGUGGUUCCCCACCACCCAACUGCCCCUGAUCAUCAGCGCUCCCAUGUUCACCGUGGCGAACGGGGCGAUGGCGGCGGCGGUAACCCAAGCCGGAGGCCUCGGCAUGGUCCCAGCGGGGAUGGACCCGAGCGCCAACUCGCCCCACCUCGCCGCCCUGGACGAGCAGCUCUCCAUCGCCAGCCGCCUCCUGCACCACGACGCCACCGACACCGACACCCCUCUCCCGAUCGGCGUCGGCUUCCUCACGCUGCUCGCCACCGCCGACGCCUACCGCGCCAACGCGCUGCCCAUCCUGCGCCGCCACCGCCCGGCCUUUGUGUGGCUGUUCGGCUCCGACCCCGCCGCCUACGGCGAGCUGGUCACGCUGUUCCGCGACGCCGGCGCCGCCUGGGGCAUGCGCGUGUUUGCGCAGGUCGGGUCCGUCGCGGCGGCCCGGGCCGUCGUCCGCUGCGGCGUCGACGUCGUGGUCGCCCAGGGCUGCGACGCCGGCGGCCACCAGUGGGCUGACGCCGCCGGCGUCGUCACCCUCGUGCCGGAGAUUGUGGACGCGCUGCGCGGGAAGGAGGGCGUCGCCGUCGUGGCGGGCGGCGGCAUCGUGGACGGAAGGGGGGUCGCGGCGGCGCUGGCGCUGGGGGCGCAGGGGGUUACGAUGGGGACGCGGUUUGUUGCCUGCGACGAGGCAGACUCCAACAAAUUCGUGCGGAAAGCCAUCCUCAACGCCAGCGAUGGCGGCGCGUCAACGACAAGGUCUUGCAUGAACGACGCCAUAAUGGGCUAUCCGACCUGGUCGGAAUUGUACGCCGGCAGGGUCAUCAGACACGCGGGUCUCCAAGACCUGGCGAACGGCGUCCCCCUGCAAGAGGUCCACGAGUCCUUCAAAAAGGCAGUGGCGGAAGACGACGAGACGAGAAUGGUCACAUUUGCUGGUACCGGAGUCGGUUUGGUUCACGAGUCGCAGCCCGCCGGCGAGAUUGUCAGAGAAGUCCGAUCAGAAGCUCUGGCUGUUAUUGACAAGCUUAAAGCGCAGCUCACAGUGCCGUGA